AUGUGGUCGCUGCUGGAGUCACCGCUUACAGGCAACAUUCGGACAGGCCAAUUGGCGGUGCUGGCCUCAAUCUCGGUUCUGAUUGUCAUAGCUUUGUUCAAUGCCCUGCUCGCCAAAGGCACUGGAGCCCACAAGCUGCCUGACCUGCCGAUCGCUUUGCAGGAAGAACUGCCGAAUGAAAAGGAUCGGAUUGAGCGUUAUGUCAAUGAUACGAGAGAGCUCUUGAUCCACGGGUAUCGAGUGUUCAAGGACCAAGUGUUUGGGAUCAACACUACCGAAGGGACUAAUAUUGUUCUUCCACUGAAGUAUCUGGACGAUCUGAAAGGCCAUAGGACUUUGACGUUCGGUGCCUUCCUAGAGGAACAGUUUACCCUAAAGGAAUAUACCAAACUAGGAAACCUUACAGAGGCACAGAUCCAGGUCUACAUCAGAGACUUCAAUCCACUGCUGCGUAUGUUGUCCUUCCUCCUUGACGAGACAGUCACUUAUACUACUCCAGCACAAUAUGUCCCAACUAUCCAUCGUUGGAUUUGUGAAUAUUUCCCCAUCGGAGAAUGUGAAUCUUGGACUACUACCAAGCCCUAUGUGCCCCUAAAUAGACUAGUCUCGAGGAUCUGUGCGAGAAUGUUUCUCGGUGAGGCUGCUGCUCGGGACGAUCGAUGGCUCGAUGUCGCUGCCGUCUAUAUCAAAACUGUGGAGCACUGGAUCACCAACUUGAAGAAAUGGCCAAAAUCACUUCGUCCGCUGGUGUGGCGAUUUGUCGACGGUCGAAGACAAGCAUGGCAACAGUUCGAAGAGGGUAGAAUGAUCGUGUCGGAGUCUCUGCGAAAGAAGAAGGCAAAUGGCAACAAACCUCUGAACGAUCCGCCGUCGCUGAUGGACUGCCUCACAUCGGGCCAAUACUCCGACUCCAUCAACGAUACCGAGUACCACACUAUUGCCCAGAUGAAUCUGUGCGUGGCGGCAAUCCAGGCUCAGGCUGCAACUGUGAUGCAGUGUUUGAUCGACGCGUCCGGAUAUCCCGAAUACAUCCCCGAGCUCCGUGAAGAAAUUGAGCAAACUCUGCAGUCAUCUGGUGGUGUUUGGACGAAGCAGGCCCUGGACCGACUCUUGAAGCUCGACAGCUUUUUGAAAGAGACUCAACGUCUCAAUUCGCCUGACUUGACAUCCUACCAAAGACGAGUAAUGCAACCUCUUACACUUUCAAACGGGAUGCGCAUCCCCAGGGGUGCCACGCUCGUCAUUCCCACCGGAGCUAUCAACAUGGACGGCCAAUACUUUGAGUCUCCAGAACAAUUCGAUGGGUUCCGAUUCUACAGAAAGCGAUUGGAGAGUGAAGAGAACGCAAAGAAACACCAGUUGGUCACGGUGGGCAAGUACGACCUUGCCUGGGGCUACGGCCGACACGCCUGUCCGGGGAGAUUUAUGGCCGAUAUUGUAAUGAAGCUCAUCAUGAUUGAAUUCUUGACGAGGUACGAUGUCAAGUACCCGACCAGCCAGGCCAGGCCUGAGAACGUCAUCUACGAAGGAAUUCUUGCACCAGAUCCGGAAUGGGAGCUCUCUUUCAAAAAGAGAUGUUAG